AUGAUAGUAAUUAACAGAAAUACAAAAGAUAUUCACAACAGAUAUAAAAUGCCUCCAUUAGUAAUAAAAUACGAGGGUAAAAAUACAGGAAUAAAAACAGUACUUGUAAACCUUGAUGAUAUUUCGAAGUCACUUAGUAGAAAAUCUGAACAUAUUCUUAAAUACAUCUCAUAUUCUCUUUCUCUACAAACUAAGAGUAACAAUAAAUAUAUUAUUAGUGGUAGACAUGAACAACCACUUUUACAGAAUAUUUUGUAUGAUUUUAUUGAUCACUUCGUUUUAUGUUAUAAUUGUGAGAAUCCCGAGACAUUUUUUAUUCUUCAGCCUGCUCUUAAAAUUGAAUGUCUUGCAUGCGGUAGUAAAUCAAGUGUUUAUGAGCAUAAAUUAAAUGCAGAAAUAAGUAAAAAUAUUACACCACCUACGACGAUAUACACAGAGUUUAUAUCUACAGAAGAGGAAUGUGAUAAGAUACUUACCACAGAGGAACUAUAUAAUGAAUGCAAAAAUAAAGGAUUUAGUGAUGAGGAGAUAAUUAUGAAGAUUUUAAAAGACUCAGAAGAUAUCUAUGAUAAAUUAAAUUUUAUUAUUAAGAAAAUCCCUAUAAAAGUAUUAUUAGGAGUAUAUGAGUCUUAUGUCGAGACUUAUAAAAAAUAUGAAAAAAUUGGACAAUUUAUUGAUCAUCUGUUGCAACAAGGAGUAAAAAAGAAUGAAAUAAAUAAAUUUUAUACAAGACCACAGUCAGGAAAAAAGAGAAGCGUAGAAUUUAAAAAGGAGAUAAAUAAAUAUUUUAGCUAA